AUGCCAAGUGUAGCCCCUAUUUCUGCGGCACAGGUGACAGAGACCAUUGCACAGAAACGAGAGGUGCUAGGUGCCCUCCGGGCGGCCUACACAGACCAAUCAUUGAUCCCAUCCGACACCAAAGAGCUCAUCACCAAGCUGGAGGCGGAAAUCGAACGCUUGGAGAAGGAGUUCACCAAGGCUACAACCAAGAACCUGCACUCGGCCACCAAAGCGCUAGGCAAAGCACAGAAAACGCUUACCGAAACGCUGGAAGCCAAACGAGUGCACAGAGCCAGAUGGACGAAACAUGUGGCCGAAGCGGCCAAAGCUUGGGAAGGACAACUGCACGAAUACAGACAGCAGCAGUCCUCUCUCCAAGAAGUGGCAACAAAAGCGAGAGCAGAUAUCGAGAGUGCCCGCAGUGCGAUCCAAUCUCUUUCUGCAAAAGCCACACCGGCCACUCUGGCCGCAAUGCCGCCGAUCACAGCCAUCACAGCAGAGACGGAAGAUCUGACUGGCGACGCAGACGUCGAAGAGGAAUCUGCUCAGCAAUUAUUGCAGAGUACUCUCAGAAGCUGCGCAGCAUCUUUGGGGGUGGAUCUGAAUAUGCCAACAGCUUCUCAAAUGGCAUCCGAAGAGAUAGAAGAGAAUGCAGUGAAGGAUCAAGCGCGUCAAAAACGCGCCAGAUCCAUGGAGCCAUUUGCAGGAGGUGGUCCUUCCUUGCCUGAUGCAAAUCACUUCCUACAUGAAGCUCCUGAGUCUGUUCAGUAUCUAUUUGACGCAAUGCUGACAGAAGGUGUGGUGGAAGGUCCCAGGAUCCAUGAGAGUGUCUUCCUGCGCUUGGCAGCCCCUCGAAGAGGUGGCCUGGUUACCAUUCUGCAGCGUGAUGACAUUGCUCAAAGAGCACACCAUGCGGUGGACCAAGACCCAGAAGAUAUCCCUCCGCAAGAUGGUAACGAGGAAUUAGAUGAAGAACAACCAGGGGAUGGGUCACCUGUACCGUCUCCCAGCGUAGCUAGCACGUUGCAUGCUCGCCAAGGUGUUCAUAUUCAUAGACUUGGCCACACCCAGAUAUUUGGCAGACCAAGAUGGGACACGGUUGAUCAUGUCUUGUAUGACAUUGCCAUUUUGGUGGGUGAACCCUUUGAUCAUCUCAUGCAUUGUCAUCACCUUCAAGUGGCCCCUGAUGAUGUUGCGCCGCAUGAAGAUUCGAUCAUUGUGCAACACGUCAAUGACAUCCCACCUGGGUCAACAGAAAAGCUUGUAUUAGUGGACAUUGAAAUGCACACAAGGCAACACAGCGAAGCUGCACCCAGAGCCCCUGUUGUGUCACGCCAGGUACAUAGAGUAGUGCCCACUAUGGUACGCAGGCAUUUGCUUCAUAUUACCAGGACUGUGGCAUACUGCGAUUGGCACCCACAUGAAUGUUUAGUUUUCUGUAACAGAAUUCUUUGGCAUUUGCAUGAUUUAGGCCCUCGCAGAAUUGCACAUGGCAUGUACUUCAGAGUAGUCCUGCCACCCCCUCUGUCAGUGACGUGGGAAAUCAGCCAUGCACUCCGUGUUUUUCAUGAAGCAUACGAGCUUUUUGAUCCUGCAGACGCCAGUAGAAUUGCGGAACGUGUCCCCAAUGAAGGACAGUCUUGGCCGCCACCUGAUUCAGGUACGUCCUCACAGUUGCCUCAUCUGACUUGUAAAGGGAUUGACCUUGACCAUGAAAUCGACAUUCCCAUGAUGCUGCCUCCGCACGUGAGAGUCAGAAGGCCUCGUCCAGCACAUGAUGGCACUGAAACAUGGUUGCUCGAUCUAGGUCAAAUUUUUUCUGAGCAAGCAGAGGCAGAAACCAUUGAUGGAGACGCGUAUCUUUAUGUACAAACCUGGUACAUUGAUCAUGAUCGACAUCGCAUUUGCCGUAGACCCAGACCCAUGCGACUUGAACCACAGGCCGUAGUCUGGAUUGAUGAUUUUCGCCAUGAAUGGCGAGACAUGCUUGAUCGCAGCACAUUCUUUUCCAUCUAUGUCAUUAAACCCAAGCCUCCGCAAUUCCGCCACAUGGGUUAUGCAUGUCAUGUUCUUUUGGAACAAAAUAGGCCUAGAGGAGGAGCUGCAGGGAUCCUCACAGCACUCUUUGCAGGUUUUCCAAAUGAUGCCAUUGAUGCCAUCAUGCAACAUGCAUAUGCAACGCCCAGGUUCCUGACCCAACAGGACCUUAUUGACUUGAUGGAAAUUUCGCAUGUUUGUGAAGGCAGACGCUGCAGAGCUUUUCACUUCCGUGAACCUAUCCAUAUUGUGCCGGCCACUGAAGUCAAUUCAGGUUUUAGCAUCCGUUUGCAUGUGGACCCACCGUCUGGACAGAUGCCAAUUCCGCCCAGUGCACCCGGAUAUUUUGAUGAUCUUGUCUUGAUGCAGAGACCGAUGGCACCAUUUCAGUCUAUCCAAGAAAUCAAUUCCAACAGUUCUGGAAAUGAAUCGAUACCACAGGAUUGGAUAAUUGAUUUGCAACGAGUUGUGCAAAGCCAUGUAGAUAGCUGCGAUUAUGAGGAACAAGCCGAAUUCAUUUUCUCAGUGUACACAUGGUUCUUGGACCAUCAGAAACACACCAUCUGUAGGGAUCCCAAGAUAGUUUUCUUAGGGAGAGACAUCGCAGAAUGGAGAGAGGAUCUUACACAGCCAUGGCAGCACAGAAUAGAUCCUCAGGAGCAUGUGUUUCUUGAUUUGGUUCAGCCUUCCACCAGAAGAGCCCACAUUGAAGAUCAUUUGGCGCACAUCAUACUCACACAAAGACAAACUGACCAGUCCUCAAUACUGGUGUCGAUGGAAUUUGUAGAUGAGACUGAGCCGAGCGUGAUGGUGAGAACAGCAGUCGUGGCACUGAAAACAAGCACCUCAGGGGAUCUUGUUCACAUUGUGCCGCUGUUACAAUCAUUUGUUCACAAUCGCAUGGUCUGGAGUCACCCGACAUUGAGCAGUUCUGCACAGCCGUUUAGUACAUGGUCUGGCUUAAGCGUGCAUGUGAAGAUCUAUGCUGAAGAUGUCGCUGAGGAAGGACCAAGUGAGCACACCAAUGAUCAUGCUGUUGACCUGCCACGCCGACUCCCUGAAGGUGCUCCAUUUCAAUUCAAUCCCCAGGCACCACCCUUCCAGCCAGGUUUGGGUUUGCCAGCUGACGCACCUGAGUUCAUACAGGAUCUUCAUGAUCAGUGGAUUAGAGUGGCAUUUGCAUGGGACACAGAACUGGAAAAUGCUUGGUUUAUCACGUGGUUUGUUGAUCACAGGUACGAACUGCCUAGAUGCCUAUUGGGGCGUACAGUGAUGCUGACUUCUGACUUCACAAAUUGGGAACGCACCAUCCAAGAGGCGUGGAGAGAUGUCCUGGAUCCAAAUCUCCGACAAGAAAGACAUGUUGUUGUGCCACAACCCCCGCAGUUGGAGGCUGGCGUGGGUGGACACAUUAUACUGAUCCAAGAGCCAAGAGAGGAGUGGGUCACCAGUCUAGUGACGGUAUUUGACAGUUUCAUCAGUGCUAGAGAAAAUCACAUGAUGCGACUAGCGGUCACGACUCAUGAACAUGUCAGUUUGGAGCAGAUUGCCCAACAAAGCGGUUACAGGCUGAUUGCAGGGCAGAUUGACCCCAAUGUUCCGUGUCAAGGAUGGAUUGAUGGCCAUCCCCUCCCAGCAGGUCACAGAUGGCCUGGUAGAUCCGGCCAUGAAAUCACGCUACGUAUUCAUCGUCAGGUGAUGCAGUUACCAGUCAUGAGAGAGGGUGAUGAUCAGAUAGGCCUCCUGCAGACAUCAGUGGUCCGCAAGGAGCCUGGUGAUAACAGCAGACUUGCCUUGAACCUUCAACAGCUGAUUUGGCCACCUGAACCCGCAAGUUUUCUUGAUUUGCUAGCACAGGCAGGUCAGAGACCAGAGUGUCAAUCCAUGCAAGUUUCGUGUGUAGACCCACUGCCACACCAACCCUGCUUGUCAAAGAACAAGAAAGCUGUCCGACUCAUUGUCUCACCGCAAGUAUAUGCGCCGCAGUACAUAGAAGUGGAUCUGACAGCAGGAGAAGGAGAUAUCCGUAGGGAGUUAGCAUUGUGGUGUGAUUUGGAGCAACUGCCCAACUGGCAAUGGCUAGUUGAAAUUGACACAAUGCUGUUGUUGGAUUUCUGGUGGGGCGAUUUUCAUCAAAUAUAUUUGGAUGCAGAUGAUAUGCCUUUUCACUUCACCUAUCAUGAUGUGACCACAGAACCCAAGACGGCUGUGCAACAUAUGCGAUGGUUGUACGUACAAGGGCACUCACGUGCGGUGAUUCUGCGGACGAGUCAGAUUGGACAACAAGGUAUUCAAAUUGUCACUUUCAAGGAUCAGCAGCCUGUCCAUCGUCAGACACCGACACGAGUUGCCACACCUUGGCCCUCCAGAUUGCAGAAACCUCUUACAAAUGAACCUCUCUACGUGCCAAGGUCUAGACAGGAUGGAUCAUCAGACUGUACCUGGUCCAUUGGUAUUGAUCAAAGUCAGAUUGAACAGUUUUUUGGAUCCGCAGUCCAGGUGUUGUCCAGGAAGUUCGAUGGCCUCGACUUGCCUCAACAUGUGCAAGAGGCCUUGCAGCAAUGUGAACCUUUAGAGCGUCUGGAUCGACUUGUUAUCUAUUCUGAUGGAAGUUCACAACCGGAACACCGACGCAGACCCCCGGCCAGAGUUGAAGAGGAAGGACAUGGUGACACAUGGGCUUUUGUAGUGCUGGGAGAACAAUAUAUGGAUGACAAAACAUCCAAAAUCAAUCUCAUUGGCUGGACAGCGCAACCUGUUCUGUAUAACCCUGAGGCAGCACACCACAUUGGCUCUCAAACAGUUGGCUCCGAAACUGCAGAAAGGGAAGCCAUGUUUUGGUGCGGAGCUUGGCGCCUAGCACAAAAUUGUAACGUGCCGACCCAAUUUUGUACUGACUCACGUACAGCUGGUCGUCAAGCAAGUGGCCUGGAUAGUUCUAAUGUUGCCGAUGAAUCCUUCUUCAACCUUCGAGCCAUAUAUCAAUGCCUGGAAGGAGGUCUACAACAAGGUUUGGCGGUCACGCAUGUCAGAGGACAUAGCCAAGAUCCAUGGAACGACCUAGUAGACAUCCUGGCUAAGCAAGAGCGGCUCAAAAGUUUUUAUCAUCCACGGCAAACACUGGACAUGAGACAGUGGCGUCAAUCGCUUAGACAUGUCUGGACACAGUUUGCAACCAAUGCAGGUCUGCCAACGUUCCAAGGAACAGCCUUUGACAUUAGACCACCUGAAGUCCCGCAGACUGCACCCACACCUGCCUCAAUUCGAUAUCAUUCCAAACAGGUGCAAUUUUGUAUCAGCCUGGCGACAGCAAAUGUCAACUCCCUACAUGUUGGACCGGAUGGCCAUAGGGGCAAACUCCAAUACAUCAGAGAUCAGAUGAAAGCAUUGCACUUGUUGUUUCUUGGCAUUCAGGAAUCUCGCACUGGAGAAGUCUGCUCGCAGUCAGACGAAGUCCUGAGGCUAGGGAGUGGUGCGGCCAAAGGCCACCAUGGUGUGGAACUCUGGAUCAAUAUUGCGCAGCCUUUUGCAUACACAGGUAAGACAGCCCAUUUCCUGAAGAAGCAGCAUGUGGUGGUGUCGUAUAAAGAUCCCAGAGUGCUUAUUGCCAAGAUUGCACACCCGAUGUGGCAAGCCUGGAUCGUAGUUGCGCAUGCCCCGCAGAGCGGCAUAUCGGAAGAUCAGCGCGAGACAUGGUGGAAGUCUUUCCAUACACAGCUCACCACGCUGGUACAACAGGAAGAAAUUUAUGUUCUCAUUGAUGCUAAUGCAGAACCGGGACAUACAGAUGGCCUGCAUGUUGGACCCAAGCCAACCAAGGCUUCCAAAUCCACGAAGUUCUUACGUGAAUUUCUUGAAACUUGGCAGCUGGCCUUGCCCGCCACUUUCUCCUGUCAUUUGGGACCCCAAGAAACAUGGACCGCUCCAGAUGGUCACACACAACAUUGUAUUGACCAUGUCUGCGUGCCAAUUGCCAGAUGUGGAGAUUGCCAAUUUUCAAGAGUCGUAGAAGAAUUGGAUUUAGGCAAUGGUCACCUUGAUCACCAAGCUACGGCAGCAGAACUCUCAUGGCACCAGUUGGUGCAAAUUCCAUGCUCACGUCGCGCCAUAGCCCCUGUUCAGCGUGAUUCCAUAGAUAAUAGCAUCCAAGAGAAGCUCGUGAACUUUGUUGUGCCAGCCUGGGAUCGAGACAUCCAUACACAUAUUGAGUGCCACAAUCAACAUGUGAUGAAUGGUCUGACUCAGCACUGCCACAAACAAGUCACCCAAGCCAAAAAGAGCUUCAUCACUGCAGACAUAUGGAAUCUGAGAGACAGGAAAAUACAGUGUCGCAAGAUCGUUAAAAGCAUUGAUCAGAGAUUCCGUCAGGAAUUGUUGAGAGCUGCCUGGAUUGGAUGGAGAACGCAGUCUGCCACAUCCUCCUCAGAUCUUGAGCUUUAUGGGCAGGUUUACCAUCCGUAUGUAGCUGCGUUAUCAUGCUGGAAGCUUCAUCAAGGGGUCCACCUACAUGUGCUUGCAGUCCAAUCAAAGAAGGCUCUAAAGAAUGCCAGACAACGAGCCAUUCAUGCAGACAUCACAGCCCUGCCACAGGAUGCAGCUGCCAAUGACAUCCUGAGGACUGUGAAGGCCCAUGUGGGGCCGACGAACUUGAAAUGCCUCAAAAAACAGACUCUUCCAAUGCUGCACACGACAACUGGCACCGUUUGCACAGACCCAGAACAAUUGCGAGACACCUGGAUUGAAUUCUUUGGCCAAAUGGAAGGAGGAGUCCGCAUGUCAUGGGACGAACUGGUUGUCAGAUGGCAGGGUUCAUUGGAAGCUUUUCGGCAACAUGAAAUCAGCCUGGGACCUGAGGAUGUGCCAUGCUUAACUGACCUUGAGAUUUCUUUCCGUCGUGUCAAAAAAGGGAAAGCUCUAGGACCAGAUGGAGUUCCACCAGAGCUAUGCAAGGCCUGUCCGGCACUUCUGGCAAAGCAAUAUUUCAGUGCCUUGAUGAAAAUGCUGAUACAUGGCCAAGAGUCCCUGCACCAUAAAGGCGGCACAUUGGUGCCCGCCUGUAAAGGGAAAGGCUCCACGACAGACCCAACCUCCUACCGAUCGUUGUUGAUUAGUUCACACAUGGGCAAAGUGCUCCAUCGUACAAUUCGACAACAUCAGUCAUCGAUGUAUGAACAGUAUCUGUGUGCUCAGCAGCUGGGAGGUAGAAAAAAGGUUCCAGUCACGCUGGGUCUCCACGAAGCCCGCGCUUUUUUGCGCACAAGCCAGCAGAUGGGAUAUUCAGUUGGACUUCUCAUGGUAGAUUUAACAGAAGCAUUCUAUCGGGUCCUCAGACCACUGGCGGUGGGCGGCCAUUAUUCAGAUGCUCAAAUCGCUCGAAUUGUUCAAAAACUUGGUAUGACACCAGAUACCUUGCAUGAAUUGCACGAGCAUCUGAGCCAACCCAGUGCUGUGGACCAAGCCAAUCUCCCAAAGCACCUCCGUCAAGUGUUGCAAGCAUUACACACAGACACGUUUUUCCAAAUACAUGGACAAGAGGAUUGCUGUCACACCUCUGUUGGAUCCCGGCCAGGGGAUUGUUUUGCAGAUGUUGUGUUUAGUUAUCUUUUUUCCAGAGUCAUCAAGAGCUACCAACAAAAGCUGGCAGAUGCAGGCCUCCAACAAUGUGUCGCCGCAGCCCAGCAAUUUGAUCCAUUUGGCACGCAUACCUGUCCAGAUGCCCAGAUUCCCUAUCUAGGGCCCAUCUGGAUGGACGACGUAUGCAUUUGCCUUCAUGCUCCCACGCCAGAUGGACUCCUCCGACGUGCUGGUGCUGCCACUUCGCUGCUUCUGGACACCAUGAAAGGAUAUGGCCUCACGCCGAACCUUAAGAAAGGCAAGACUGAGCUCCUUCUUUCCCUCAGAGGUCAAGGAGUGCGCAGGUGCCAGAAACAGGUAUUUGGUCCGGCAGCACCUGGCACCAUGGCCAUUGUUUGUGAACAAGAAGUGUGCCAUAUAGCUGUUGUCGGGCAAUACCAGCAUUUAGGAGGAAUCCUGCAUCACAAAGGGGAUCAUAGGGUCGAAAUGAAAAGAAGAGUUGCAUUGGCACACACAGCGUUCAAUGCCCACAGAAAAGUCCUCUACCACAACCAAGAUAUCGCAUUGCAGAAACGACUGCAGCUCUUUAAUACCCUGAUUCUCAGUAAAAUGUAG